ACCAAAUUAGUGACAAAAAUGGCAAUUGCCUCUUACAUUCUCUCAUUUCUCAUCUGUCUCACUUUCUCCACCAUUGUCCUUUCAAAUUCUUGUAGUUAUUUACUAUCAGUAAAAACAGGAACACAGUUUGGUGCCGGAACAGACGCCAAAGUCCAGAUAAAGCUUUCAACACUGCACGACAUGCCUAUUUAUAUUCUUGACCCCGAGAGUUACGGUAUUAUGGGGGAGGGCCAUGACUACUUUGAGAGGGGCAAUUUGGACUUUUUCAACAUUACAGGGCCUUGCUUUGAUACUCCGAUCUGUUUUAUUAACUUGUCCCAGAAUGGUAUCGGUGACUUUUCUGACUGGUACGUUAGCUACGUUGAAAUUGAAGCUUCCGGAGGUAAAAAAAGGCAUCCCAAGAAAUAUUUUGAUGUGGAACAGUGGCUUGGUAAUGGUGACCGUGUGAGUACUUGUAGGGAGAUAUGUCCAUGGAUUAGUGCCACCCUACCCCCGGUGGAUGCUGCUGCCAUGUGAUCUUCUAGUUCUUUUCAAAAUGUGUGUUAAGUUUGGUGUG